UCAGCAUUUUCCUCGUGCAACAAUUAUUUCAAUCAAGCACUGGCACUAGUGGCUGGGUUGUGGUAAUAGCUUUACGACAGAUCUCAUCUCACAAAAUAAACUGAAACAAUUAAGCUAUCUGCACUUUGAAAUUUUAUUGGAAUUGCAACUGUUUUAAGAUAUAUUCCAAGUAAUUGUUGCAACAAAUAAAAAUGUCGACAACAAACAGCAGACGAAGGGCAAUUGGUCUGCUACUUCGAAAAUCUGAUGGUGUUACCGAUGCGUUAACGUCAGCGAGGAGUCAAGGAUUUAGUUUUAUCUGCAUCGGACCAAUUUUGAAUGAAGCUUAUGUGCAAAGUGCUAUUGAGGGUCAUGGCGAAUCGCCAAAGGAACCAUUUUCAUGGUUUGAUCUGGCUAUGUCAAGCAAUGAAUGGUGUUCUUCAAUUGUCGGGAUUUUGACUGAUGUCAACCAUUAUCUUGAAGGAGAGGAUGAAGUGCUUGCUCACCGAGCCAGACAACUUUUACAUCGCGAAAUUGAAUUUACACAUCAUGUAUCGCUGCCAUGUGUGGUUGUAGAAUUGAAAAUGAACACGAAUUACAUUAAUUUGGCAAAAAUCGUGCAUGCGUUUGCUUCGGCUGGUACAUUGUCUCAACAUUUUUGGGUGAAAAUACCCUUAGAGUUCGCGGAUGAAGAUGAAAGCUGGAUCAAUGAGGGUGACGAUGCUUCUGUCCCUGAAGAAAGUUCUUGGAUGGUGUGGAACAGAUUUCGAAGUCUAUGUAAUCAUGAACCUAAAAUAUUCCCAACGCUUGCGUUAUCAGUGAAUUUGCCUAAUGAAACAAUAAUUCGACGUUGGAUGGGAGAACAGGUCAAAUGUAUCUACAUUUCCCCUCAAUGCUUCAUUUCUAACUCAAAAGGGUAUCCUGUAAUGAAUAAGAGACACCAACUUGUUGUGAAGCAGUUUAUGGAACUGGGAGCACAAGCUAUCUUUGAUCCGAAGGGUCUUGAUUCGUCAGCCAAUCUUACACCAUAUCAUCAGUAUAUUGACUUUAUUCAAUGUUCACCGUUUGAUCCCGACAUAUUUGGAAGAGACGAGUAUAGCGGCAUUCAAUAUACUUCAGGAUAUGAAGAUUAUUUGCAGUGUCCUUUGCAACCACUCCAAGAUAAUCUUGAAUCUCACACAUAUGAAGUGUUUGAAAAGGAUCCAGUAAAGUAUGAACUGUAUACUGAUGCAGUUCAUGCGGCCUUGCUGGAUAUGGUACCAGACGAAGAAAAAGAGUCCAGAAUAAUAACAUUGAUGGUGGUCGGAGCUGGUCGAGGUCCGCUGGUCCGAAGUUCAUUCAGGGCGGCAAAACGAGCCGACCGAAGGAUAAAAGUAUAUGCAAUUGAGAAAAACACUAAUGCAGCGAAUACAUUGCUUCAUCUAAAUGAGCGAGAAUGGUGCGGAGAAGUAACCGUAGUUAAUGUGGAUAUGAGAGAUUGGAAAGCACCCGAGAAGGCAGACAUAAUCGUUUCUGAACUGCUGGGAUCAUUUGGAGAUAACGAACUAUCGCCCGAGUGCUUGGAUGGUGCUCAGAAAUUCCUAAAAGCUGGAGGAGUGAUGAUUCCACAGUCAUACGAUAGCUACAUUGCUCCAGUAAUGUCCUCAAAGUUAUACACCGAAGUCCGAAAAAUGAGAGAUCUUUUCAAGAAUAUGUACAGCAACUUUGAAACGCCAUACGUAGUGCAUAUGAAAACGCGGUACACUAUCGAUACACCCAAGUUGGUUUUUUCAUUCGUUCACCCCAAAGAAGACAUAAACGAAACAAAUGAACGUUACACGGUGCUGAAUUUCCGCUCUCAAGAAGAAUGUAUCGUACAUGGAUUCGGUGGUUAUUUUGAAUGCAAACUUUACGGGGAUAUAAUUAUGAGCAUUCUGCCAUCUUCAUUUUCUAAAGGGAUGUUUAGCUGGUUUCCCAUUUUCUUUCCACUGAGGGAUCCUAUUGAUAUUGGUAAAGGACAAAAUAUUAAAGCUCAUUUCUGGAGAUGUGCAAGUAAAAGUUCAGUUUGGUACGAGUGGACUAUUUCUUCCCCUCGUUCAGUUGCAAUCCAUAAUCCUAAUGGCAGGUCAUACACAAUAUCAAAAGUAUAAUACACAUUGGAAAUGAGAAUUUUCGAAACAUUCUUCCGUAACUAUAAUUUUACUUUACAAUUUUUUACAAAUUGAGUAUACAAAGUUAAUUGUGAGAAGAUCAGCUUUACUUCAUACCGAUUAUAGUCCUGUUUUAAUUGGAAUUAAGCAUAUACACGUUUUAGACUGCCUGUGAUCUUGUCGUAAUUUGUUAAUGAACUACAGAGCAUGAAUAAUGUAUUAAUGUGAAAUGAUAUGCUUUCUUAAAGUCUUAUAAUAAAUAGACUGCCGAUUUUGCAAAAAAA